UCUCUCCUCGUUUCUCUCCGCCAGACGAGAUGCCCAUUGUAAAAUACCCCCGAAGAGUUGACCCGCUUUGGUACGAAUGGGAUAGGAAGGCGCAGAAGUGUGGGUUGAGGCACACCGUCUACGCUGUCAACGGAGAUCGCUACAUCGGGGAAUGGCUGGACAACGUCAAACACGGCAAAGGAACGCAGAUAUGGAAAAAGACCGGAGCGAUCUACAGCGGAGACUGGAAAUUCGGAAAACGGGAUGGCUUCGGGACUUACAGUACUCUGGACCCCGUGACAAAGGAUCAUAAGAAAGUGUAUUCCGGCUGGUGGAAAAAUGACAAAAUGUGGGGCUACGGAGUGAAGUUCUACUCCGACGGAGAGUACUACGAGGGCGAAUGGGGCUGGGGGAAGCGAAACGGCUGGGGACGGAUGUACUACAAGGACGGGUCCAUCUACGAAGGCCAGUGGUCUGAAGACAAGCCCAGCGGACAAGGGAUGUUCCGCUGCAAAAAUGAAAACCGUUACGAAGGUUCGUGGAAAGAUGGGAAGAAGCACGGCCCAGGAAGGUUUAUCUACCUGGACACCGGCCAGCUCUAUGAAGGGUUCUGGGUGGCAGACGUACCAAAGUGCGGCACCAUGAUCGACUUUAGCCAUGACGAAGCACCAACGCCCACCCAGUACCCAAUCCCCAAGAUUGAGCUGGCGGAUCCAGAAGGCGUCUUAGAAGAAGCUGUUCUGAUGUUAGAGAAUGCCGAAAUAUUCCCUUCUCAGAAAGAAAGAUGAUGACUGUAGUUCUGCAGAUGCUUCGCGAGUCAAGACUGCUUUUUAACGGAAGGGUCUCCCUGAUGGAUGCCAUUCCCAGGAAUAUAUUGAGUAACCUGGACGAGCCUUUUGGCCUGUUCCUUGUUCCUUCCUUCAGCAGGGUAGGUUAGCAGCUGAAAUGGACAUAGGGAUAGGAGACAAAUCAGAGAUUCUUGUAUGAUUUAACCCCAAGAGGUCUCUGGAUCAAUGAUGUACAGAAAAGGAGUAAUUGAAAAGGAAUCAGUGGCACGCUGCUGAUCGAUGCUUAACCCAGGCAACUUGAUUCGGGUCCAGGAUUCUUAAGCUCUUCCCACUGGUUCUACACUUUCUAAGAAGUUUGGAAAAGUUGCACAUGACCUCUUGGGGGAAGACCGAGACAUGGAUGAGCUCAUCCUUAGUGCAAAAAGAGAAUCCAAAGCCAGGAAAAUGAUUUUGGUCCAUUGGAACAAAGUCCACACAGCCUUCCCCAGCCUUCGGAGCACCUGGGAUUCCAGCCAGUCUGGCUUUUGGCAUUCCCAAAUUGGGGUUAAGACUGUUGGGUGAGGGAGCCUUUUAAAAAUAGAUCAGCCCUUAGGAGGUGCCCUGGACUGGGCUCAAAAGAUGGGAAGAAAGUCUGAGCUUUGUACAGGAUUUGGGGUUGGCUUCUAAUGAGAGGGAAGAUUUCAAAGGGUGAGAGAGAAUCUACCAUUUGCUCUUCAAACUAAACUGCAUUUCUCUUCUUCCCAGAGCAAUGAACUCAUUCCUCUUGGUUCUUCCCCCCUCCCCGCUUCCAUCUUUGGGGCUAAAAACUUGGUAGCCCACAACUUGAGUUGAACAGCUUUCUGUAAGUGAGCCAAUUCACGUUUUCUUAUGGCUGAGGGAGAGGAAGAGAAGGGGAUUAAGGAUGGAGGACCUGGUUCACAUACCAUGUUAAGCCAGGUUGUUCCUUUUGGUUUGGUGUAAGGCCCUUAUGCUGUCAUCAAUAAAUCUGGGUUAAAAAUGGAGGGUUACUUUGAUAAUUAGCCAGGAUUUUUUCCCCCUACUUCUCGAAAUAAAAAAAUCAUCCCGUUUCUUUUU